AUGAACACUGGAUUGGAUUUCCUUCAUAAAGAUGGUGAUAAGUGUUAUAUCAACUGCCAACCUCAAUACUGGACAGGCGGAAACCAAGAAGACUUAGACUAUAUCAAAACACACACCACUUAUGAAAUCAUCAAAAGAAGAUGUCUACGUCGUCCAGACAAUGACUUCUUUGGGUACAGAAGACUUGAAAACGACCGAUAUGUAGGUGAUUAUAUUUGGAUUAAAAACAAAGAUGUUCUGGACUUAGUAGAUACUCUUGCUGGUGGUAUCAUAUCGACAUUGAAAUUAAAGAAAGGAGACUUUGUUGGGAUUAUCAGCUCAAACCGGUAUGAAUGGUAUGUCUCACAGUUUGCAAUGCAGCGACAAGGGAUAGUACCUGUCCCUCUCUAUCCAACUUUAGGUAAAGACUCUCUCAAUUAUAUCAUCACCACUCUUAACAUUAAAAACGUCUUUUGUACAUUCUCAAAGACAGUAGAAGAGAUGUAUAAUAGUAAUCCAACUCUCAAAUUGAUAUGCUACCCAACCCUGAAAAAGGUGAUGUCAACAAUACCAUCCAAUAUCAAUUAUAUUAACUACACUGACUUGAUCGAAAUGGGUAAGAAGAACCCAGUAGAGCCUGACUUACCUUCACUCAACGAUAUGUUCUCUGUGAUCUUUACUUCAGGGACCUCUGGUGUGCCUAAAGGAGCAAUUCACACGUAUUCAAGUUCUUCACAUGGCGCUUAUGUGAUCAACACAUGUGGCCUUUUUGGUUCAGAUGGACUUCUGAAUGGUACAUACUUCUCUUACUUACCAUCUUCUCAUGUACUGGAACUGGAAGUUGCACAUGCAUUCUUUUAUGGUGAAGGUCGUGUUGGUAUCAUUUCUGGGGGUAUUCAGACAUUAGCAGAAGAUUUGAAAUUGUGUCAGCCCACAUUCAUGGUAGCUGUCCCUCGUGUUUUACAGAAGAUAUUCGACAAGUUCACAGAGACAAUCAACAAGUCGAGUUAUUUGACACAAUUUGUAUAUCACAUGGCUUAUUCUUACAAAUUAAAUGCAGUCAAAACAAAUAGUUGGACAUACAUCAAUUGGGAUUAUUGGGUCUUAUCCAAAGUGCAAGAAGUCUUUGGUGGGAAGCUGAAAGACAUUUGGUGGAUGUUGUUGGUCACUUCCCAAAUGACAGACUUGAACUUUAUGAAUGUAGGAAGUGUAUGUCCCACAGUUGAGUUC